UAAAUAAUUCAAGUGUCGUAGCUCCCGCAAACUUCAGGAAACAUUUCCAAAUGCAGCAACUUCAUCCAGAAAUACGAAGCAUGAACGAUCAACUCAAGCCCAUCUUGAAGGAGGCUCAGGAAAUUGGUGAUAAAAAGGGCAAAUUGAUUGAAUCCCGUCGUCAGCUCGGCAGCCAAAAGAAUGAAAACGAACUAGUCAGGGAAGAAAUCAAAAAAUUAGAGCCGGAUGCUAUGGUGUACAAGCUUAUCGGACCGGCUCUCGUUCCACAGGAUCAAGGUGAUGCGAAGACGAUUGUUGAGAAUCGAUUGGAAUAUAUUAACGGUGAAAUAAAAAGGACGGAUAACAGCAUUUUGGAGUUAGACAAAAAAGAAGCUCAGCUCCAGAAAAAAGCCCAGGAAAUAUAUCAUAAAAUGCAGGAGAAACAGGCACAGAUUAUGCAGCGCCAACAACAACAACAACAACAGAGCUAGAAGAGAAAAAUGCUAAAAUGCUGCGCUUGUGCUGCCUGUUUCUCUACUCCUCCUUCGCGUUCGAGGAAUGAUAAUAGGGUACGUUCGAAACGCAGAAAGACACACGCAAUGAAACAAAUACAUACAUAUAUAUAUAUAUAUAUGUAUGUAUCGAUCUAAUAAACUGGUUCGGAAAUUUCUCAUAGCACUAAGCCUAACAUUACACUAUUUAACCAGCAAGCUUGUGCACUUAUUCUUAAUAAGU